CAUUAAUAUGCAUAGAAAUAUGCUCGUUAGAAUNUUUUUCUUUUUUCUUUUUUCUCUCCAUAAAAGCUUGUAUGGAGAUGUGGUUGAGUUGUAGCUGGGGUGCUAUCUGGGAUUUGUUUGAUAUGUGCUGUAUUUGGUCUGUGAUGUUUAAUUUAUUUGCUCUGUGUGUGAAUUUGCGUGGUUGUUUGUACUCAAUGAUGAUGAUUGUUUUAUCCAGUGUUUUUCUUACAGAGGUUGAGCUUGAAGGGAAGGAGUAUAAAAAGCCUAUUUGUACCAAAAUUACUUCGGAUUACAGAAAGUUUCUGACUUCUUUGUCAAGAAUUCCUGUAAUGAAAAACUGAAGUUGGAGAUGUAGAGAUGAUUUUGCAAUUUUUUUCCCCUUCUCUCUACGUGUGUGUACAUGUUUUUCUUUUGGGCCAGAAAAUAAUAAUCAGUUCUCUAGCAAAUCAGUUUUGGAGUGAUUGCAGAAUCUAAAAGAAGUGCUUCUAGGCAGCUUCUUUUUCCUUUUUCCUUCACUUUCUAUAUGUUUCUUCCCACCUAGAUGCAGUGAAUCUAUUAGUUUCAAUAUUAGUUGAUCUGGAGUUUGCAAAUACUCUAUCUAAUUUUCUGGAAUUGUUUCUUGAUAUUUGGAUUUCUCCAAAUCGAUAUAUUAUCAUCCAGAUUAACUGAUGGCCAAUAUGGAGGAACAGAAGCUGAAUCUCAACCAGCCUCUUUUAUCAGCUAGAAGAUACACAACCCCAAGAACAAUACAAAACGAGACGAAGAAAGCCGAUUACAAUUCUCCCCCACGCUUUCAAUCAAAAAUAAAAUCGGGUCCCCUUAGAAAUCCCGGUUCAGUGCCAUUUGUAUGGGAGCGAGCUCCAGGGCACCCCAAGCAGCUAAUGAUAAUAAAACCGCCUAACGACCAAAAAACGAGUAUCGACACACUCGCCCCAAAGCUUCCUCCAGGGAGACUCCCAAAGGCCAAUAAUGUAAACAAUAAUGAUAAGCAAUUGGCUGUUGAAGAAAAUUUUAGAGAAGUCGAUGAAAGCAGUAAGGAGGUGGUGAAGGAAGAGGAUGAUGAGGAUGGUAGUGAGGAAGCUUAUGUGGAUGCACUCGAUACACUCUCGAGGACAGAAGAGUCAUUUUCCUUGAACUGUAGUACGAGUGGGCUAAUAAGUGGGCCCGGAGGCUCACAUGCUAUGCCUCCGGGUGAUCGGGAGUUCAUGAUGGAUCGAUUUCUCCCAGCAGCUAAGGCAAUGGCUUCUCUGGAGAGUACUCCUCGGUUUGUAUCGACUGAAAAACAACAAAUUCUGGUCAAAGAACGAUCUCAACAGACGGUAAAUCAGAAAAAGCCUGCACUAAGGUAUGGGCCGAGUUUUGCCCAGCGGUAUUCACAUUACCAAGAAGAAGAAGAGGAGGAAGAAGAAGAAGAAGAGAGUGAUGUUGACUAUGGUCAACGUCAGAAUUUGUGUGGUUUGCUUCCCGGUUUUUGCCUAAGGAGGACUAUUCAUCCAGCCUGCCUCAUAAAUCCUGUUUCAGCUAAGAAAAUGCAAUGGAGGCCUGGUUCUUCUAAGCUUAACAGCGAAAAGACCCGAUCAAGAAGAAAUGAGUUGAGUGGGUUAGGAAGUCACAAUACAUCAAAACAAGUCCACAACAGUCACCAAGUGAAAAUGAAUGCUAGUAUUAUUGCUGAAGGACUUGAAUCCGGUGAUGGGAAGGGUCUCGAAACCUCUGAGAAACUAUUGACUGGUCAAUGCAGUCCGAAGGAGUCGAGCUCGGAUAUCGAGAAAACCCUCUACGUGGAUACAGUAACUCACAAGGUGGGGUCCCCGGAUUCGGGACCUUUUCCCGACAGCACAGCACAGUGCAUUGACCAAACGGAUAUAGCAAAUUCAGACGAGUCGUGUGAAAAAAGCAGCAGGACAGAGUUUGCAGAAAGUCGAGUUUUUCUGCCGGAUUCAACUAGUGGAGAAAUUUUACAAGAGGCGAAGGUUGUAGAAAAAGCGACAGCUCUUGAAAACUCCGAACAAAUGAGCUCUCGGCACCCUCUCCCACCUCCUUUGCCCAAGUCUCCAUCUGAUUCUUGGCUUUGGCGUACAUUGCCUUCACUUUCGACAAAAAACUCAUCAAUCAAUCCUCGAGACCGGUUUUCAAAGGCACCUACUAGUGAUGAUAUCAAGUGGGAAACCAUUGUUAGAACUACUAAGGCACAAAAGCGUCACAUUAUGCGUUAUUCAGAGAGGGCAGCCAUGGAGAAUGACAACCCGGAGACCGCCGCCGCAAUUCUCCCGGAAGAAAUCAUCACCGAGAUCCUCCUGCUGCCGGUCAAAUCCCUCCUCAGGUUCAAGUCCGUCUGCAAACCAUGGCUUCUCCUCAUCUCAAGCCCUAAAUUCGCCAAAACCCACCUUAAAACCUCUGACGGCCCAAAAUUCCGGCGUUUCAGCCUGCGAAACCUCAUCUUCGGCGUCAUAUCCGACAACGACCGCAGCAUUUACACUUGCCCCAUCAACUCGGCCAUCGAUGGCUCCGUCUUGGCCGACCCACUCACCGGCUGCCUUUAUUCCGUCGACGACAAUCGAGAUCCGAUCCCCUUCGACGUCCCCCCCUUAGACUGCCCUCCUAUUGCCCCUGACGAUGAGAUCAUCGAUUUGACGAUGAUCGGAUCUUGUAACGGUCUUGAAUACGGUGUGGGGGAAUCUUGGGCUAAAGUGGUUAAGGCGCCUUUUGCUGUUGAUCCUUGGGCGCAUGGAUUCGCAUUGCCGAAGCCCGUGUUUGUGUCAGUGGAUGCUAGAACGAUGUUGAUUAAUUACGGAUCGAGUUUGAAGUUGUAUGAUUUGGGCAAUAUGGGACCCCUGCAUCACUUUGACACCUGCACGGAGAUUGAUGCUACAACCUAUGUGGAAAGCCUGUGUUGGCUUACUCUGGAUGAAGAUGAUUAA